UCUUCCCCUCGCUCUAAUCACCUCGGCGCUACGGAAACGCUCGCUGCUCGUCGUAGGGAUCGCGGAGGCAACGUGAAACAGCAGCGGCAGAAGUGGGGAUUCGACAUCGAUGGACUGACGGCGAUCGGCAGGGGAGCUGCAACAGGGACUGUGACAUGAGAUGACUGUUUGGCGACACGUACACUGAAAAAGUCCACGCGAUCGUGCCGCUUGCGAGUAUCCGUCAAAAGCCCACCCGUCCGCGCAGCUUCGCGUGUAGACUCUCUCUCUCGCUCUCUCAGCAUCCCGUAAACACGCUCUUUUCCUCAUCCCGUGUUCUCUUUCUCUCCUCUCUUUCUCUCUCUCUUUCUCCCCCUCCCGCCCUUCUGCUUCUAUUCGUUCAUCUCUUCAUCGAAACGGUCGGGAAAAAGAAGCACACACACACCGCCUCGUCGAAGCUUCGUCGUUGCUGCCUGUGCCGUGGGACAUAGAAGGGAAAACCAGUCUGUGAUACUAAGCAGUACUAAGCAAUAUAUAUACAUAUAUAUAACCAGAGGUGUAAAACUUCGUGCGUAUAUUAUAGGUGCACGCGUUGCCCUCUUGUGUGUGCGAGCGAGCGAGCGAGCUAGCUGGCGAUUCCGCGCGCGCGUUCAGUCUGCUGUGUUGGUGUCUACGUGUGAUACGUGUGUUUGUAUGUGUGUGUGUGUGUUACGUACCGCUGCUCGUGUAUGGUGUACAAAACGUAGAUAGAGAUCACAUAAAGGAUCUUAGUAGAUAACAAAUCGAAGAGGCGUCAAGGACACUUAUCCUCCACCAGCCGACGAGGUCACCAACGUAAUCCAGGCGACGCGAUGUCCGUUGAGUCUGUGACAAGUGACAAACAGCCGUCGCCGACGACGACGACGACAACGGCGACGACGUCGGCGACGGCGACGGCGACGACGACCGCGGCAACGACAACGAAAAAGGAAGAAGGAGAUGAGGCCAUUAUAUCAAUGUCGGUGGCCGGAGAGGUGACUGACACUUCAAUCAUGGAAGUAGGCCGUUCCAGACCUCAGUUUCAAUAUUCUCGGGAGGAGUUGAUGCUGAUAAAAAAUUUACGACUGUCGAAAAUUAGGCCUGCAUUCUUGGACGUUGCUUGCAACAACGCGCGAGGUGUUUGGGAUCCUGAACGUUGGCACUCGGACAGAAAGCGCAGUGAUACACCCCCGAAAGAGGAACGGACUGGACGUAGUGAUCAAAUCACUGAGAAUCAUAGUAAGCGACGUAACAAUGGCGACCCACGGGACCGAAUACGUAAGGAGCAAGACGGCAUCGUUUUGAGCCCCCAACGAAGAAGUUUUAACUCGGGAUGUUUCGUUAACGUGAGUCAGCCACCAAAUCGUCGUCCGGAGAGCCCUAUUGGCAAAACAGAGGUGAGCCACCGCGAGCCUGUUCGCCGAAUCGGCAGCGGCAGGAUUCUGACGCGGGAUAUAUGGGACUUCAGAUCGGAGAACGAGAAGAUCGAACCCGAACGAGCGGAUUACGGCUUUAGGUCAGGCACGGCCGGCGGCGGUUCUCUGCGCGAUCGCGAUAACAGAGAUAAUCGCGACGGGAAGGAGCGGGACAGAGAGCGCGAUAUACGGGACAGAGAGCGUGAUCGUGACAAUCUGCGCGAGCGGGACGAGAGAUUCGAGCGGAGAUCAUUCGGCCGGGAUUACGGUGAUCGCGGCGAUAGAGAGCGCGAUCGCGGCGAUAGAGGAGUGGAGCGAAACGAACGGAACAAUCAUCAAACGGAUCGCGACAAGGAUCGUGGGCGCGAGAAGAGAUUUGGCAACGAUCGUCGACGAACUUACAGCGACAAUCGCGAGUUGGACGAGCCCGAAUGGUUCAGCUCCGGGCCUACGUCUCAGCACGAUACCAUCGAGCUGAGAGGCUUUGAGGAUAUCCCGGAGGAGAAGGCGGUGAACAGCAGUAAUACGAAUGCCAAGAGCAAGAAGCAGACGCCCGCGCAGAAGAAACGGGGCAAGAAGAACUCCACGGAGAAGGAUGAUAAAGCGAGCGAGAGCUCGGCGGGCCCGAAAGGCCGAAGCACACCCACCGUGAUGGAUCAACCUAUGAACGUUGUACCGGCGCCGCAUUCUCCGAUCUCUGAACAGACUGAGCAAUCCUCCAUCACUCAGACCAAGGAGAAUGACGUCAGUGAGAGCACCGUGACCGAACAGACGACGUCCGAAUCCGCAGAGAAUUCUAACGCCAAUCAGAAUCAGGAGGACUCGCAUCCUUUGAAGUUCCUGGACGAUUUCCUGAAGUCCGAUACGUUCCCCGGUGUUUCCGGACUGUUAACGAACGGAGUUGGCUCCAACAGUGGCACCGGUUCCCGCUUCAGUCAGUGGUUUAAGAGGGAAAGUCCAAUUCAGCAGGCGGACAGUCGUAGAACUUCCAUACAAGAUGAACUGCUGAAUAAUCUGUUGAACGACAUCACCGAGCCGAACAUACAGAUACCAUCAGUGACAGAAUCGAACACCUACUUCGCUCCAAUUUCUCCGGCCAACACGACGAACAACGCCAACACGGCUACGAACGGCGUUAAGUUAUUGGAAAUGCUACAUCGCGGUAAUAAGCCGAAUCAAAACGGCCAAGGCGACGCGACCAACACGGCUAUUCCCAUGAUGAAGAAUUGUUCUAUUAAAGAUUUGGAAGUUGGUGGAAAAGUUGUGCACAGCUUAGAGGAAUUAGAAGCACGCAUGCGGGGUGGUGCUCCUCCACCUGCGACUUCGACUGAUACACCCCGUGUAAAUAAGACUGAAGAAGAUCUCUCUGCUUUUAAAAAAUUGCUUGCUCAAGUGACUGGAGGACAAGCUGUGCCUGCAGCUAACGGACCUAUCACUCAAAAACAACCUGUAACGUUAAUGCAACUGCUUAAUUCGCAACUGAAAACCCAGCAACCGCCGAUGCCGCAUCAGCAGCCGCCCGCGGAAACACUUCAUACUACGACAUUUAAUCAUGUCGGACCUCUUGGUCCCACGCAGCAUCCGCAUCAGGCUCAGAUGCAGCACGAGAACCUAAUGAAAGUCUUGCAAAUACAGCAGCAGCAACAACAACAACAGCAGCAGCAGCAGCAACAACAGCAACAGCAGCAGCAACAACAACAGAAACAGCGACAUUCCGAUGCCAUGAUGUCAAUGAUGAUGGGCAAUCAACGAAUGUUAGGUGUCAGUCCGACGGAGAUGCAAAUAAUGAUAAACAAUGUCGCGUCGAGCCAAGAGCUUUUGCAACGACCGGAAGCUCAAGCGAUCAUUCAAGGUCUGCAGCAAGGGGAGAUCACCAGACAACAUCUCAUACAACAGUUGCAGAAUCCCGCCAUGCAGCAUCGCCAUCGGGAAGUCUUGGUGAACAUUUUGAAAAUGUACGGUGGCACCACACCUCGUACUAUAAGUCCGCAUCCUCAUCCCACUGCUCCCACCCCCCAGGAUCAUAUCCUGCAGCAGAUGCUAUAUCAGCAGCAGCAACAGAGAAUUCCAUCCCCGAUGAACAAUGUGAUGCCACACAGAGUACCGUCGCCACGGGAGAUCGUUAUGCACACUCAAUCCAUAAUGCAAGGUGCUUUAAUUAAGAAGAAAUUGGAGGAGCAGCGUGAGAAUUUCCGUAAACGGCAGGAUCAACAGCAGCAGCAGCAGCAGCAGCAGCAACAACAACAGCAGCAGCAGCAGCAACAGCAGCAGCAACAAGUUCAGCAGCAGCGCGCGUCUAGUCCUGUUAACUCACCAGCUAAGCAAACAGCCAGUCCGCUCGCUUUUACUCCAACCUCCGUUUUACGUAAAAUGACUGCUGAUAAGGAACCCGACGGAAGCAGCAAUGACCCAUCCAAAAUGUCCACACAAACUCAGGCUUCGCAAAUGCAACAAAUGCAGUCUGCAGUACAAUUACUUGCGCACGGGGCUCUCUCGAGACACACCGCAUUACGACCGCAAGCUGUCCAAUCGACAUGGUCGAAUCCAUCGCUUAAACAACAUCCAGGUCGACCUAUAGUAAAAGGCGGCAACAAUAACAACACAAGCGGCAAUCAGUUCCAAUACAAUGCGGGAAAUGCAGAAUUUCAACAGCAUCAGCACAGGACGGUCUCAAACGUUUACGGCAACCCACCGAGAUCUAAGCACACGAUGGCGACCUCGCUACCGCCGCAUCACAGCGUUCCGCAGUACAACGUGGCGCAGAACUCGAUUAUGAAUCAGAGGUCAAAUCCUAUAAAUACUCAAAUGAAGACUCAGCAAGUCCCGUCGCAUCUCGCCAAUAUGCAGCAACAACCGCCGCAUGGAACCGCCAACAUGCAGCAGCAGCAGCAGCAACCGCCGCAGCGGAGUGUAAAUACACCGAUGCAACUUGUCGUGAACCAAAAUUACAAUUCCAGUCGCACAGAUGGACGUGCGAUGCGAUCGCAGCAAAUGAACAUGCCGGUUGGCCGUCAACCUUCGCCGGGCCUCGGGUUUGUGGGCAGUAACGGAGGUGACCUCUCGCCAACAUCUAAUCAGCUCGCGCGAUGGUUCAGCCCGGAACUACUCGCUCAAGCGCGGGCUGGCAAGCUGCCGGAACUCGUGCAGACGAACGUCCUGUCGUUGGAGGAGCUCGAGAAACUGCAACAUGCAUCAACCAUAGUGCAUAACUAA